CGGGAUCACCUCCUCAUUCAGCGCAGGGACGAGCAGCUGGACAGCAUCAGCAUGGCCGCGGCGGUGAUACUCGAGAAAGAUAGGACCAUAGACCUGCGGAGGAAGCACAUCGGGCCUUCUUGCAAGAUCUUUUUUAGCCAUGACCCGAUCAAGAUUGUGCGAGCCAAAGGCCAGUACAUGCAUGAUGAAACGGGGCGUCGCUACUUGGAUUGCAUCAACAAUGUGGCUCAUGUGGGCCACUGUCACCCGGACGUGGUGCAGGCGGGAGCUCGGCAGAUGGCACAGCUCAACACCAACUCUCGUUUCUUGCACGACAACCUCGUGUUGUACGCGCAGAGGCUGCAGGCCACGCUGCCUGAGAAGCUGUCUGUGUGCUACUUUGUCAACUCCGGCUCUGAAGCCAAUGACCUGGCCCUUCGACUAGCAUGGCAGUACAGAGGCCACAAAGACAUCAUCACGUUGGAAAAUGCUUACCACGGCCACCUCUCAUCGCUCAUCGACAUCAGUCCCUACAAGUUCCACCAGCUGUCAGAUGCUGAACACAAUCCAUUUGUCCAUUUGGCUCCGAGCCCAGAUGUGUACAGAGGCAAGUACAGGGCCGACCACGCUGAUCCUGCAACAGCAUAUGCAGAUGAGGUCAAAGAUAUGAUUGAGAAAGUUCACAAGAAAGGAGGCAAGAUUGCUGCUUUUAUUGCUGAGUCAUUGCAGAGUUGCGGUGGGCAGGUUAUUCCCCCCUUGGGCUAUUUCCAGCAAGUGGCAAAACACGUCCGUCAGGCGGGGGGCCUCAUCAUCGCCGACGAGGUCCAGGUGGGCUUUGGGCGCGUCGGCACCCAUUUCUGGGCCUUCCAGCUUCAGGGGGACGACUUCGUGCCCGACAUCGUCACCAUGGGGAAGCCCAUCGGCAACGGCCACCCCAUGUCCUGCGUGGUCACGACCAAAGAGGUGGCGGAGGCCUUCAUGACGUCCGGGAUGGAGUACUUCAACACGUUUGGCGGUAACCCAGUGUCGUGCGCCAUCGGCCUGGCCGUCCUAGACGUGAUCGAGAAGGAGGAUCUCCAGGGUAAUGCACUACGUGUGGGCCGAUACCUGAUCAAUCUGCUGCACCAGCAGAAAGAAAAGCAUCCACUGAUCGGAGAUAUCAGAGGCCUUGGCCUUUUUGUCGGGGUGGAGCUCGUGAGGGACAGGUUGAAGCUCACUCCUGCUACAGCAGAGGCUCAAGAGGUCAUAUAUAAGCUGAAAGAAGAAUAUAUCCUCCUGAGUGCUGACGGACCUCAUCGCAAUGUGCUCAAAUUAAAACCCCCCAUGUGCUUCACCACAGCGGACGCUGAUCUGGUUGUCGAGAAAAUCGACCACAUUCUCACGGAGCUUGAGGCAGCUUUAGGUUUGAAGUUGUCGACCGCGGUGAACACAGAGAAUGAAUGGAGAAAGGAUUCUAUGUCAAACUGCCGACCGAUGAGAACGGACACCAGUAUCACAGUGGCUUAGUUCACAGCAGAGGAGGCUGUCUGCAACAAACCUAACGCCUCAGGAUAUAAAGCCUUGCAUAAUUUUAGGACUUCGUUAAGCAACUGAUUACAGAUGUCAUAAAUUCGGGGGGUGAAAGGUUCUUUAGCCUUUGAGCAAAGUAUUAAUAUGUUAAUAAUGAUGUUCUGAAUGUCUUUGAGAUUGCAGUGUCCUCAGGUAUAUUUUAAUUGUACUAGGAAUCAAGCUACUUAUUCAGCACAGCACGUUGGAUAUAGUUUAACUGUGGUACAACAACUUUAUGUGUCAGUUAUCAUAAUACAUGUAUUUUUUGCAUAAUUUUUUUAUUUUUGGCAGCAAUUAUUUUACCGUGAAGGGAAUCGUGAUUUUUGAAAAAUGUGCUUUGUGUGUAAAACAUGUGAUGGAUUCUCAGUGUGGCUUUUGAAUUAAAACACAGCUUAUCUCAUUGUG